GGUGGGGGAGCAGCGGGUGGGAUGGAAAGACAUCAGUGAUUACGUCGAAUUAUGCAUGCUGAAUGGCGGCUCUGCAUCUUGGUAAUGGCCUCCCAACAUCGUCCGUGUUCCCAAAGCCCACAGGUAGCCCUUCUUCUCUUUUAAAAAUUCAUGUUAAUCUCUGCUGCUUUAUCGCUGUAAUCAUUGUAUAAUUAUGUGAAUGAUACUGCCCAUCUUCUUAUGUUUCCAUCGCCGUAUGCUGCGCUGUCUCGUCAGCAUCGAGAACUGUUCCGAGAAAUUCUAUCCGCACGCCGCCACUACCAAAGCUUCCACCUCCUCCGUCGCAGCCAGCUAUCUCCACGCCCAACUCUUCCUUUGCGCAGAACAAACGCUCUACUGGCUUCCUUAUAUCAGCCUUUGAUCUUUGAGAUUAGGAGAGGAGCCAGGAGGAUGGCGACGCAAAACUUUGUUGCGCAAGAAGGCGCUGGGUCCGAGGUCGUCCUUGCGAACAGGUUGAGCGAAAGCAGGAGCCCGUAUGUGAGGGCGCACAUGAACAACCCAGUUGCUUGGCAGAUGUGGACACCUGAGGCUCUUGCGCUUGCAAAGAAGAUGGACAGGUUGCUAUUUGUGAGCAUUGGAUACAGUGCCUGCCAUUGGUGCCACGUCAUGGAGCGUGAAUCCUUCGAGAAUAAGGAGGUUGCGAAGAUACUAAACGAGUCUUUCAUACCUGUCAAGAUCGACCGAGAGGAGAGGCCGGACAUAGAUAGAAUUUACAUGAAUUAUGUCCAGGCGACAACAGGUGGAGGGGGCUGGCCUUUGAAUGUCUUCCUCACACCGGAUCUAGAGCCACUGUUUGGAGGCACGUACUGGCCGGGCCCGGAGAGCGCGACACAAGUGAGCGGACACGUCAACUUCGUCGAUAUACUGAUCAAGUUGAGGGACGUGUGGCAGAACGAGCGGCGGCGAUGUCUUGACAGCGCGAAAGAGAUCACAAGCCAGCUGCGUCAGUUCACUCAGGAGGGCUUGAUCAGUCAUCAGGACAGAAAAGAAGGCGACACUGGUGACGCGCUCGACCUGGAGUUGCUGGAGGAGGCGUACCAGUAUUUCGUGGCGAAGUUCGACCCGAAGUUUGCGGGCUUUGGAAACGCGCCUAAGUUCCCAACGCCGGUCAAUUUACGCUUUCUGCUGAGACUGGGGCGUGGUCCUGAGGAGUUGGUCCACGUGGUAGGUGAAGAAGAGUGCAGGAACGCUCAGGAAAUGGUGUUAAAAACCUUGAGGGCAAUGUGGAGAGGUGGUAUCAAGGAUCAAAUAGGCCAUGGCUUCGCUAGAUAUAGCGUCACUCGCGAUUGGAGCCUGCCCCAUUUUGAGAAAAUGCUAUACGACCAGGGACAACUUCUGUCAACAUACCUAGACGCAUAUCUUAUCUCAAAAGACCAUGAAUUUCUUGAUGCUGUGCACGACAUAUCGACGUAUCUUACCACCGCGCCAAUAGCCUCACCUAGUGGCGGGUUUUACUCGGCCGAAGAUGCAGACUCAUUCUAUAGACACAGCGAUAAGGAGAAGCGCGAAGGCGCGUUUUAUGUAUGGACCCAGAAGGAGCUGCACGAAAUUCUAGAUCAGCCCGAUGCUGACAUCAUCUCGCGAUUCUACAACGUUGGAGAGAAUGGCAACAUAAGCCCGGAGCAUGACGCACACGAUGAGCUUAUUAACCAGAAUGUGCUUGCUGUGUCAAGCACUCCAGAAGAAUUAGCGAAAGAGUUCGGGAUGUCAGUUGACGAGGUCAUCAAGGUAUUAGGUAAUUCACGGCAGAAGUUGCUCGAUCAUCGCAACAAAGAGCGCCCGCGACCUGCCUUGGACGAUAAGAUUGUCGUCGCGUGGAACGGACUAGCCAUUGGUGCUUUGGCACGAGUUAGUGCAGCUAUUGCACACACGGAACCGGAAAGGUCUAAAGCAUAUCUGAACUCUGCAGUCAAAGCGGCAGAGUUUAUCAAGCAGGAGCUUUAUAAUAAUACCACUGGCAUGCUGAAGCGAGUGUAUCGUGAAGGACCAGGCGACGCCCCUGCUUUCGCUGAUGACUAUGCCUUCCUCAUUUCGGGCUUAAUAGAUUUGUAUGAAGCAACAUUCGACGAUUCGUGGCUUGAAUGGGCAGAUGGGUUACAGAAGAGGCAAAUCGAGCUUUUCCAUGACGCUGUGGGUGGUGGAUUCUUCUCCACUGCCGCUGGACAAGCGGAUCUCAUUCUUCGACUCAAAGACGGUAUGGACAAUGCCGAGCCAUCUACCAACGGCAUCUCAGCGUCGAACCUCAACCGUCUCGGGUCGAUUUUCGAAGAUGAACAAUACACCUCACUAGCAAAUGGGACAGCACAAGCUUUUGAAGCAGAGAUUUUGCAGCAUCCUUUUCUCUUUGCAAGCCUCUUAGAUUCUGUCGUAAGCGCACGACUAGGCAUGACCAGCGUCGUUCUUACUGGCGAGGGUAAGCCAGUAGACGAUGCUUUGCGCGUAGCUAGAGAGGGCUUUAGUAGCUUCCGAACCUUGGUCAGAUUAGGUGUUGGCGCGAAGAGCGAAUGGUUGAAGAGCAGGAAUGAGCUGCUUGGUACGCUUGAUGAGAGUAAACCCACAGUCCAAGUAUGCGAAAAUAGGACUUGUCGGUUGCUUGAGGAGGGAGAGAUCAUGCAUGCCCUGAAAUAAAACUUUGCUGGACUGUGCUAAGAUUAUGGUGAAGAUGUUGUAUGGACGACGAGUUUGAGCCGUACACUAAAAUCGACAAAAACCUAGGCAACACUAUAGCUUUCGCCAAACUAGCUUGGGAUUCCUCCUCGAGCCAAUGGCAACUAUAGGUUGAUUGCUUGGCUUAUGCGUACAGUACAGGGCAAACAACAUUCUGACUGUAGCUGAUGACGCAUUUAACACAUGUUUAGCUAAGAGCAGUGCGAGAUCCCUCAUCCCACAAUAUAAAUUAACAAAUGUGGUAGACUAUCCAUUAUUAUGUUUGUUCGCCUAA